AUGUCUAUUGCAGCACGAGAGUUUGUUGAGAGAAAAAUUGCAGAGAACGCCGUAAUCUUGUUUGUCAAGAAUUGGUGUCCAUAUUGCAAGAAGGCCGAGGCAACGAUCAAGAAUCUUGUGGAUCAAUACGAAAAAAUUGAUUUAGUGAAGAUGGCUGAAGGAGAGCCUGCUGGAUCCGAUAUUCAAGAAUAUUUGUAUACAAAGACACAACAAUCCACUGUUCCUAAUAUUUUUAUUAGACAACAGCAUAUUGGAGGUAACGACAGGCUUCAAGAGCUCGUAGCCAAUAAAUCUAUUCGGCAAUACCUCGAAAAACUCUAA